CGUCAUGAAAGCAGUUCGAAAACUAACGGUUCUAUCGGCUCUGAUCAGCUUGUAUUUUCUGGCCUCCGUGUUUUCUUCGGGAUCCAGGGAAGGCUCCAAGCUUAUAGAGACGGAGGCAAGGAUAAAAGGACCUCUGCCCUAUGACGACCCGGACCUCCUUCGCUUCGUAAGGCAAGAUCUUCUGUACCCGCCUUCCAACUUGCCCUACAACCUCGUCCAGGAUCAUGCUAAAGUCCACAUGGAAGCUAAGAAAUAUUCAGGUUUCGUGGGAGAGUUUGGCUUCAUGUUCUACGCUCAUGUGCUGCGAAAGAUUUUUAAAGGAACGCGGGGGGGUUUCUUCGUGGAAGCUGGCGCCCUCGAUGGGGAAUUUCUCUCCAACACCCUACCACUGGAGAGGGAAUUGGGCUGGACUGGCUUGUUAGUGGAGAGUAAUGGCGACACCUUCAAAGAACUGCUAACGAAGCGAAGGAAAGCGUGGGCGAGCCACUCCUGUCUCGCCGCACACGAGUAUCCACACGUAGACAUUUUGGUAAAAUUUCGGCGAGAUCACUCGGCGUUAGACACGUACGAGGACAGGUCAGCCAGCGCCCACUCUAUGAUGAUGAGCCAAGACAAAGGAGCAGCCUUGGAUAACUCAGUUCCGGGCCACCGCGAGUACGAGGCGGUCCAGUGCAUUCCCCUCGCGACGUUGCUGUUGGCCAUCGACGUCACGCACGUGGACUUGGUCUCCCUCGAUAUAGAGGGCGGUGAAAUGGGCGUCCUCAGAUAUUUCCCAUGGGAUCGCAUAACCGUGGAUGUGUGGCUGGUGGAACAUGCAACUGCUAACGAGAGGUUCAAGAAUAAAGGCGAGAACACGUACGACUCCGAUUUUAUUGAGAUGUUUAACGAUCUUGGGUAUGAGUUAUAUAGUGCCAACGAUGACGCGAGCAUAAAUUAUGUGUUUGUGUUGAGAAGUUCCAAAGUCUACAGAAGACUUAAAGAAACUGAAUGAUUCUCUCUCAUACACGAACAUUCAUAAUCCAGUCAUAUACACAUGCACACUGCUGCGCUAAAACCAUUCAUUUUUGUAUAUAGCCGCGAAGCAAGUACGCUGAAUAAUUUCUUACACCAAAUACUUCUCUAUAAGGUAUAUUAUAAGCUGUACUAUCUCUUAGUUCAUGGGCUCUGGUAA